AUGCUCUUGACUACCUCGCCUGUGUCUACUUCAAUUAGUGGAUAUAUUAUUAUUUGUGUUUUACUGCUUCUUCAUAUUUUAUGUGCUCUAAAUCCCACACACAUUAAUUCUCUUUGUGGAUUUAAUGUGUGGCUAUAUUUUUAUCCGCGAGUAACAAAAGAAAGUAACAACCUCCAGCAAGGGAUAAAAUCAAGUGAGGGAAAAAAAAAAAAUUAUUCUACCCAACAACAACUCAAUAUAUUAUAUUCAAAUCCCAAAGGAAUGCCGUCAGUGCCAUUACUAUUAUCCCCGCCAUUGCCAUCAUGUACUAUUGAAUCUAUAAUUAAUGCAUUUAAACUUUAUGGGAACAGUAUAGGUGCCCAAAAAGUAAUGGCCUUCACGUACAACCCACCUUCGAAACUGUCAACAACAUCGCCAUCUUCCCAUGAUUUGGCGAUUUCCAUUUCAUCUGAAGUUUUGCAACUUAUAGGGUCUUAUGAAUUGUCCACCAGUCAACCACUUUCUAUGGAAUUUUGUAACCGUGUGAAAUUGAGCAUUUUAGCUGCUCUUGGUGAAAACCAAUUGGGAGAUAAUUAUGACAAUCUAAUCGUUUAUUUCAAAGAUAAUGAAAAUCAACGAAUAAUUGGUCAUUUUUUGAAUGAAUAUUUACUUAUCUACAUCUAA